UUAAAAGAUAUUGAUGAACAAAUAUUUUUGGAUGAAAAAUUAACAGUAUCAUUACAAAAAUAUGAAAAUAAUUUUGAAAAUUUUAAAAUUUUUAUGCAAAUUAAUCCAUUAUUUAAACAAUUGGCAGAUGUUUAUCAAAAUUCCGAAUUGAUUUCAAUCAUUAAAAAAAUACCAAAUAAUCCAUUAGAUAAUCUUAUUCGAAUCAUUCAACAAAUUCAGAUUGAUGGAUCAACAAAUUUAGAUGAAAAUACAAAUAAAGUUGAACAAUUGAAUUUUAAAAAGAAUAAUAAGAAAUGGGUAAUUUGA